ACGGCCUGCGUGAGCUGCUGGGCCGCCUCCAGCUGCCCGCCGCCGCCUCGCCGGACCCCAAGAAGGCGCCCGACGCGUCGCCGCUCUCCACCGUCAGCGCCAUCGUCGCCAAGACCUUCCCGCCGUCGCCGCUGCACAAGGCCGCCGCGCUGAUGUCGCAGCCGUCGCCGCGGCCGUCGAUGGACAACCGGCGCAACCUGCGGCGGUCCGGGCGCGGCGCGGGGGAUCCCCUGUCCGAGGCGCGCCUCAGCAAGCGGCGCGGGCCGCUGGGCGCCGCCUGGAAGCUGUCGUUCGCCGCCGGCGCCGGCAACCCGUUCCACCACCACCGGCACAACCAGCAGGCGCCGCACGCCGCCGGCUGGCGCAACGCGCUGCUCGGGGCCGCCGUCCUCAUCGCCGCCGCGCUCGCCUCCCUCGUCGUGGCCGGCGCCUGGCUCUACAUGUACACAACACCCGCGAGCCAUACAUCAAUGGGGCCAGAGCGAGUUUUCGACACCGGUGAGGGCGUGAGCGUGGUAGCGGGCGAGUUCAGGAUCACCAACGAGGAGUUCGUCCCGGAGCUGGCCGACCCGGGCUCGGACGACUUCUCGCAGCUCUCCAUGCAGAUCUGUCGCCAGCUGGACGAGCUGUUCGGGCGCAGCGGGCUGUCUGGCCGGUACAACGGCUCUGCGGUGCCGGCGCUGGAGGCAGCGCGGCCGUCGGGCGUGCGCGUGCGCUGCCGCCUGCUGCUGCUCUCCCCGGAGCCCGAGCCAGGGCUGGCCGGCGUAGAGUUCCUGCGCGGGCUCAGGCACCGCCGAGGGCGUAUGUGGCUCGGGGACUUUGCCAUCGACGUCCAGUCCAUCGGCUUCCAAGCGGAGAGCGAGUCGGAGGACUCCCCGGAGACGACGACGGACGGGGAGGCGCAGCGGCCGCCGGCGCCGCAGCCGCAGUGGUCGGCGUGGUCGGAGUGGAGCGACUGCCCGCCCGCCAGCGCGCCGUCGCGCUCGCAGAGCCGCAGCCGGCUGUGCCUGUCGGCGGCGGGCGCUCCUCUGGAGGACAUCGAGCCCUGCCUGCUGGCCGGCGGCGGCGGAGACCUGGAGGCGCGAGACUGCCCGGGGGCGGGGCCCGAGGGCCGCGCCGUCAUGGCCGCCAGCGUCUUCGAGGAGCCGGCCCCGCCGCCCGACGAGGUCGUCGUCAUGGACCUGUCAGCUGGGAAUGAUGCUCGCCAUUGUGAUGAGUGUCGGCCAGGAGAGGUGUGCGUCGCCCUAGGCACGGAGACGCUGCCCCUAUGCAGAACACCCAGUGAUCCCUCGGACCCAACUGGUUGUGGUGGACUCUGUCAGCUGGGCACAGAGGUGUGCUACAAGUUGGACAUCGAUGCCUUCAGGUGCAUUGAUGAUUCUUUCUGCUUGCCCAGUGAAUGGCAAUGUGCAAAUCAACUGUGUAUUCCUGAAGUGAAGAGAUGUGAUGGUCAUAUGAAUUGUUAUGAUCACACAGAUGAAUAUGAUUGUGAAUGCAAUCUAGAGUCGAACUUUCAUUGUGGGAAUAGUACAUCCUGCCUUCCAACAAGGAAGAAGUGUGAUGGUGUAAUAGACUGCUGGGAUGGCUCUGAUGAGCUCAAUUGCACAAUAGCAUGCCCGAGUCCCCAGCAGUUUACAUGCACUGACGGUCAGUGCAUUCCCCGGUCACAAUUCUGUGAUGGUUAUGCAGACUGUUCUGACAAAUCAGAUGAGCCAUUUGGUUGUGGAGGGGAAUGCAAGAGCCAUGAGUGGGAAUGCAAUAAUGGACGAUGCAUUAUGAGGGAGGAGGUUUGUGAUGGAGAAGACACUUGUGGUGAUCUUUCAGAUGAGAAAGCUUGUCCACAGACAACUGAUGACCAAUCGUGAAACUGUAACUGUGAUUUUCUUUUCAAGUUAUCUUUUAGCCAUCAGAAAUAUUUUACAUCUUUUAGUUGUAAAUUGUGCUAUGACACCAAUUGUAAGAUCACCCUAUGCCAAAGAUGUAAUUUCAUAAAUACUUAAUGUGUAUUACUCUAUUUAAGGUUUGUGGUAAUUCUUGAACAAUAAAAUGAACAGUAUUACAUGUGAGACUAAGUAAAUACUCUGUGUAAUAUAAAAAUGAUGUACUUUAUCUUGUAUAGUAAGUUGUUUUUGUAAUUUUUUUAUAUUAAUGAGGUGUUGUUACAUGUUAAACCCACAGGGUAAAUUAUCAUUAUUUCUCAAAGAAUUCUAUACUUAUUCCUCAGUGUGUUCAUAAAUGAGAUGAAACUAUUUUACUUAAUAUAA